GAGAGGGUGAGGAGCCGGGAGGAGGAGGAGGCGCUGGAGCAGGCCCGGCGGGUGCACGAGGAGGUUCGGCGGCGCCAGGAGACGCCGGUGCCGGUGCCGGUGGCCGUGGCGGUGUCGGCGGCGGGCGCGGCCCCGCAGGGCUCCCAGAGCUCCCAACCCCCCUCCAGCCAGGCCAUGCUGGACCAGCAGCGGGAAAUGGCCCGGAAGAGGGAGCAGGAGAGGAGGCGCCGGGAAGCCGUGAGUGCCCCACGGACCCCCCGGGAGUGGAACGGGCCCUAA